AUGUCACCCUCCACCACCCGUAAACGCGCCAUACGCAUCGCAGGCUGCUCAGGCGGCUUCACCGACCGCUCAGCCGCCAUAACGCGAAUGGCCAGUGACCCAGACGUCGACGUAGUAAUGGGCGACUGGCUCUCCGAAAUGACAAUGACCCUGCACGGCAGCGGCAAAGUAAAAAACCAAAAAUCAUCAAAGCCCACCACCACCACCACCACAAACGGAACCCAAACGCUCGAAGACCGCAUGAAAACAGCAAUGUACGCGGAUACCUUUCUCCAAUGCUUCGAACCAGCAAUCCCCCAUCUCGUCCGCAACAAAACUAAACUCGCCGUCAACGCCGGCGCUUCUGAUACCCAGCUGCUCGCUGAGGUCGUUGUCGAUUUGCUUGCGAAACACGACGCCAGUCACUUGAAAGUCGCAUGGAUAGAAGGCGAUGAUGUGACGGAGCAGGUACAGAGUCUGAUUAAAGAUGGAGAGCAGUUUGAGAGUUUGAUGCAUGGGAAGAAGUUGGAGGAGUGGGGUAUGGAGCCUGUGUGCGCCCAGGCGUAUCUGGGGGGAUUGUGUAUUGCAGAGGCCUUGAGAGGGGGCGCGGAUAUUGUUAUUGCGGGACGGGUGGCGGAUGCUGCGCCGGUUGUUGGGGCUGCUGCGUGGUGGCACGACUGGCGAAACGAUCAGUUCGAUGAACUUGCCGGAGCCCUGGUAGCAGGGCAUUUGAUCGAAUGCUCAAGCUACGUUUGCGGAGGAUACUACUCCAUGUUCAAAGAUCUUAUCAAAACGGGAAAACAUGUUAACAUGGGUUUCCCAAUCGCCGAGGUCGAACACGACGGAACCUUCAACAUUGCAAAGGAAAAAAACAGCGGCGGCUGCGUAACAAUCGGAACAUGCACCUCGCAACUGCUCUACGAAAUCCAAGGCCCCCUCUACUACAACUGCGACGUCACCGCCGACCUCACUCACGUCCGCAUGCAGCAAAUCGACGAAGACGUCGUCCGCGUCACAGGCGUAAAAGGCCUACCUCCCCCUCCCACCACGAAAAUCGGCAUCACUGCCCCGGCAGGCUGGCAGUGCGAAUGGCACAUGUACAUGGCCGGUCUAGACAUUGCGGAGAAAUGUAAAGUGACGGAGGAUCAAAUACGAUAUGCAAUGGGCAAAAAUACCUCCCGCUUCACAACCCUCCGCUUCCACGCCAUCGGAUCCUCCCAACCCAACCCCACCUCCCUCGACGCCUCCACAGUCGACUUCCGCAUCUUCGCGCAAACCCGCGACGCCGACCUCGUGCGCCCAGACGUUCCCGAUGCAUUCAACAGAUGGUGUCUCGAAGUCUUCCUGCAAUGCGCGCCUGGCCUCUCUUUAACCAACGACUUGCGGCAAGUGGUUCCGAAACCGUACUAUGAAUACUGGGUCGCGUUGCUGCCGCAGACGCACCUUUGGUUGCGCGUGCAUAGUUUGUUUGGCGAGCGCACUGUCAAAGAGCUUGAGGCGCCAAAGGUUACGAGCGAGUACCCGCGCCAGCAGGUUUCGUACGAGACCUCUGGCCCCCUUGACCUGACUUCUUUUGGUCCGACGGCUCAAGCGCCGCUAGGUGCGAUUGUGGCGGGGCGCUCUGGGGAUAAGGCUGCGGACUGCAAUUGUGGGUUUUUCGUCAGACGUGAGGAUGAGUGGGAUUGGCUACGCUCAUUCCUUACUAUUGAUCGGAUAAAGGCAUUGUUGGGACCGGAAGAGUACAAGGGAGGGAGGAUAGAUCGGUUUGAGAUUGAGGGGAUUUGGGCGGUGCAUUUUUUGUUGCAUGAGCAGUUGGAUCGGGGGUAUAAUGCUAGUUCGGAGAUUGAUACGUUGGGGAAGAAUGCGAUGGAGUAUAUGCGGGCGAAGACGGUGGAGAUUCCGACAAAGUUUUUGGAGAGGGGGUGGAUUUGA